AUGCCAUUUGUCAAGCAAAAACGCGUAAAGACAGCUAGCAAACAGCAUCGACCUUCUAAACGGCAUCAUCGACACCCACACAAGUCUUCACAGCGACUCAAUGCCACACGAGAAACAAAUUUCACGCAAAUUCGCGAUUCCAACCCGGAAAGACCUUUACAAGCCCCAAUUAACGCGUCAGUCGAUUCACCGGCACACGAUGAAGCGCCAUUGAUGUCAUCGCCAAGCUUUUUGGACAAUUUUUUACAUUGGGAAGAAACCGAUGAUAUCACAGUGCCCGCUCCUUUAAUCAGAGAGCCAAACAAUGAUGCCAAUUCCAACAGUUUACUGCUCGUGCAUACUCAACCCGUACAUUCGAUCUCCACAGCAUUGCUGCACGAUACCUUGGACGAGCUGGAAUCACGAUCCCUAUCGCCAAGUUUUUCAGCUUUCUCAGAUCGACUUUUAGAUUCACUGCCCGAACCAACGGUCGCAGAUUCAUUUGAUGCUUCUAAGGUGCCACGAAACCCACCGGUUUCGCUGCGUAAGCUUGCUGAAGUGACCAUGCAAAUGCAACCAGCAAGAAAACCAUUGCAGACCAUUAACGAGGCUCGACCAAUGUCACCGGAGACUUCUUUUGUUCAAUACCUGUCUCAUAAGCUCUCACGAUACUGUGGAUACGUGCCCAGCGACUCACAACACUGCGACAAGAUCCGUCUGCAAGAAAUUUCGUAUAGACUCAGCAAAACAGCUUUUGAUCGCUGA